UAUCCUAGGUUACGGCAGAUCAUAUCAUCUUCCAUGAUGUAGGAACACCAACUGACGUGAAUAAUGAGUGUGUUUGCAGUAUAGAGCUCCCUGACACUGCCUUUCCUACGCAUAUGGUUGUUUUCCUGCAAGAUGCCUUUGCGAAUUUCACCACUGAUACUGAGCACGAGGUAGAAAAGAUUACAGCAAUCCACUUCAGAAUUAUAGAAUUUCAGGAUAAACUGAAAAACCUGACUGAUACAAUAAGUAAGUACGAAGGGAAAGGCUUUAAGGAUGAAGCAGACUAUCAGAAAGUCAAAGACGCCAUCGAUGAGUUGGACAAGAUUGGCAAAGAGCUGAAUACCAUUCUGAAUAAAACUGAUUUGGGGAUUGAAGACAUGCUCAACAAGGUCAACAACAUCUCUAGCAUGGUUUGGCAGCUGGAAACUUUUGAUGAAAACAAUGUGCUGGUAACAUUAAGGGAAAUUGAUACACUCCGUAAACAACUGGCUGAUUGUGAAGAAGCUGCUGGGAAUCCCAACUUUGGUCUGCCAUCUGCUCAGCUCACACGUCCUGAGAUUGGAACUUGUGAUGACAAAAUCUUGUUGAAUAUUAGCAAACCAUUCAUAGUGAAACUCAACUGGCGAGGGUUCAGUUACAAAUAUGGUGGCUGGGGCAAGGACUUUGCCUUGGGGACCAAGAAUCCAGACACAUACUGGGUUGCUCCACUCAACACAGACGAACGUUUAAUGGAGACCUAUCGCAUCUACAGCACCUAUAAAGAUCUACUAUUAUACAGAAACCAGGUGGAAAGAAGCCUUUCCCAGCACAUUGGGCUCACCUGGAACUACAUCAACUGCGGACAAGGGAGUGGGAUGAUCUUGUACAACAAUAGCUUCUUUUACAACUGCUACAACUCCAGGAACCUGUGCAAGCAGGAUCUGAAAAACAAUCACAUUAAACGUGCGAAAGUGGAUGAUGCUGUUUUCAACAACUGGUUCUCCUACAGUGGUGUCAAUUGGCAGGACUUUGACUUUGCUGGUGACGAGAAGGGCUUGUGGGUAACGUAUUCCACCGAGAAGAGUAAAGGGAAGCUAAUCAUUGGGAAAGUAGAUCCUAAGACUCUGAAAAUACGAAAGACUUGGCAAACCUCACUGAACAAGCCUGAAGUGACCAACACAUUCAUGAUCUGUGGGGUACUGUAUGCCCUCAAGCGAGUGAGCGCACAUAAGGAAUUAAUAUUUUAUAGCUACGACACCAAUACAAACAAAGAAAACAGAUUAGAAAUUGUAAUGGAGAAACUGUCGGACACAGCGCAAAGUGUGAGCUACAACCCCAACGAUCACAAGGUAUACAUGUACAAUGAUGGCUACCUUGUCACUUACGACAUGAUGUUCAACUACCAUCCCCCCAAAACAAAUCACACUGUGCCUCCCAAAGAAAGGGCUGUUGUAGCUAGAGGAGGCAGGCGACAAUUUGCAAUGUUAUGA